AUGUGUAGCGAUUACGUGCUUUUGUCAAUGAGGUUUCCUCAAAAAUUAUGGAAAAUUAUUAACGACUGCAAAAGUGGUGCCAUUCGCUGGAGCAAGGGCGGUAACAGUAUACUCCUAGAUUAUAAAAUGUUUCAAGACGAAUAUCUCGGCUCGACGAAUCCUGUAUUUAAGACAAGCAAUAUUACGAGUUUCAUCAGGCAAUUGAAUCUGUAUGGAUUUCGAAAAGUUACAUCCCACAGUCGUGAUCCUGUAUGCAAUUCCCACAAUCCUAACGUCCAUGAAUUCCUUCACGACAACUUCCGCGUCGGCCGUGUAGACUUGCUGACUAGAGUAUGUCGGAAAACCGGAAGGAAAAUGAAACGAUCGAAUGCCAUUGUACAAAAAAGCGAAUUAACGCCGGAAAAGGAAAGGCCUCGAAUGACGCGUUUGCAGAUUUGUCAAAUUGCCCUGACUAAAGCACUGGAACAAGCUGCAAAGAAAUACCGUCAAAAUAAAUGUGGAGAAUCAUCAGGCGGUAGUUCGAUGGAAAAUAUAAAAAGAUAUAACGAUUCAGAUUUAUAUGUAUCUAAUCAGUACGGAAUGUCGAAUUCCAAAGAGAUGAUGGAUUGGCCAGAAAGUCCUUCCUUCAUUGUAUCAGCCAACAAUGAAAAUAUUAACGGACAUUGCCCCCUAACAUCUGUGCCAGUAGAUUAUUUCGUAAUGUAUCCAGUACAUACAUCUUGUUAA